ACCACCACAACCCUCCCUCAAUUAGGGUUUUACUGGCUGCAGCGAUUUUGAGAAUUUCGUAGCAUCAGCGUCUUGAAGAAGAAACUCAAAUUGCAGCCAUGUCUCUGGUAGCAAAUGAAGAUUUCCAGCAUAUUCUUCGUGUACAGAACACGAAUGUUGAUGGAAAACAAAAGAUCAUGUUUGCUAUGACCUCCAUUAAAGGUAUCGGUCGUCGAUUCUCAAACAUUGUCUGCAAGAAGGCUGACGUUGAUAUGAACAAGAGGGCGGGAGAACUUUCAAAUGCUGAGAUUGAUAACCUGAUGACAAUUGUCGCAAAUCCAAGACAAUUCAAAAUCCCAGAUUGGUUUCUUAACAGAAAGAAGGAUUACAAAGAUGGAAAGUACUCUCAAGUCACAUCUAAUGCUCUCGACAUGAAGCUCAGGGAUGAUCUUGAACGAUUGAAGAAGAUCAGGAAUCACCGUGGUCUUCGUCAUUACUGGGGUCUCCGAGUACGUGGUCAACACACCAAGACUACUGGUCGUAGGGGAAAGACUGUUGGUGUGUCCAAGAAGAGAUAAGUGUGUUUUUUAUUUUUGUUUUGGGAAAUCCCUUCAAAUUGUUAUUUGCAUCAGAUUUAGAAGAUUAUUAUGAUUGUGGGGUAAAAGUUGUUAUCUUAUGGUUGUUUUUUUUGGAUUGUUUAUCGAAGAGGAUUUUAUUUUUACAUUUUGUAACGAGUGAAUGUGAUAAGACCUUUUUAUUCCCAAUGUGCACUUCUACAAAA